AAUUUAACCCUAUAUUUGCUUGCAUAGAAAGUUUGAAAAAAGGCAGACACAACAUAGAAAAUAUAUGAAAAAUGAUAUAACAUGAUGAGUCUGUAUGAACUACAAUUGUCGAACUACGGUGCAAACAAGAAAAAUAGAAAAAAGUGUAAUGUGGAUAUAAAGCUUUUGGAGUAUUUUAUAGUAAUAAUUCUAGAAUAGGAAUGAAGGUAGCCAAAUUAGAAUAGCCAAAAACAAACAAGUCCUUUUUCUUCCUUUUCAUAUUUUCAUUCCUUUCACCAAAAUCAAUCCCUCACUGUUUUUUCUGAUAUUCUUCAACAUGGCCGCUCCAGCACCCAAUCCACAGGUUCUCCCCGUCUCAAAUCCUCAAAACACCAUCACUACCACCGUCACCACCGCGGAACAGCAGCCACCGCAACCCGCAGUCCGCGCCAUCGUAUCCUUCUUCUCGGAAUCCAUCCGCCACAGCCUCUCGCAUCGGCGUCCCUGGCCGGAGCUCAUGGACCGGUCGGCGCUCGCCAAACCGAUGUCAUUCUCGGAGGCGACGCUGCGCGUGCGGCACAACGUCUCCUACUUCCGCGUGAACUACUACGUCGUGGUUUCGCUGAUCCUGGCGGUGUCGCUCCUAACCAGCCCCUUCUCCCUGGUGCUCCUCCUCUCCCUCCUCUCCUCCUGGCUUUUCCUCUACCUCCUCCGCCCCACCGACCGGCCCCUCCACCUCUUCGGCCGUACCUUCACGGAUUUCGAGACGCUCUCUCUCCUCGCCGGCGCUUCCUUCUUCCUCCUCUUCCUCACCCCCCUCGGCUCCCUCCUCGCCACCGCCUUCACCGUCUCCAUCGCCCUCGUCGCCGCCCACGCCGCAUUCAGAGUCCCCGAGGACCUCUUCCUCGACGACCGCGACUCCAACCAGCCGGCCGGCUUCCUCUCCAUCCUCCGCGCCGCCGUCAACGUCCCACCCGUUCCCCCACCCGUCCCCGCCCGCGGCUGAUCGGAGCUUCUCCGUGUCUGCACCCUCCAAGGAUUCAUUCACAAGUUUGUUUAUACGUUUGGUUGAUGUUAGAGAAUUUGGACACGUUUUUUCUUUUAUUAUUUUUGGAGGGAAAACUUUUUCUUUUCUUUUCUGUUUUUUUUCUUACCCACACCCACCUGUUACUUUUUUUAAACAGUGACUUUCAUUUCUGAA